AUGGAGGACAGAGGGCAUAAACUCAAUGGCUGCUGUCGGGACAUCAACAUUGCUGUCCUUGGAGCUAAACAUGUUGGCAAAUCUGCGAUGAUUGUCCGCUUCCUGACUGGCCGAUUUAUUGGAGAUUACGACUCGGAGAUGGAGGCCGUGUUCAGCACACAUGUCCCCAUAGACGGCAAACAAUGUACUGUCAACAUUAUGGACACAGCUGGUUACGUGCCAGACCAAGAACUGAAAGAGGACCUGGUCAUGUGGGCCGACGGCUUCAUCCUGGUCUUCUCGCUGACCGACACCCACAGCUUCCAGGUGGUGGAGGAGUUAAUCACCGAGCUCAGGAAGAUCAGGGAAGACGAGAGAAUUCCUAUUCUGGUUGCUGCCAACAAAAGUGAUCUUGUUCACUUGAGAACUGUCAAUUCGGCAGAGGCUGAGACCAGUGUUAGCGAUCAAGGGAUGUUUAUUUCUGCCAGUGAGGAGCCAGAAUCCGUCAAAAACGCCUUCCUUAAACUGUGCAAGCAGAUUCGUUGCGUCAGCAAGAAGCGGGAAAAGUUGUCCUGGACGCUACAACGACCAGCUGUCGCUGCCAAACUUCAGAUCCGUCAAUCGCUGAAAAAUCUGGCAGAAAAGAAACUAUGGCGUUCGAGAACAUCUACUUUCUAA